GCGCGCCUUGGGGCGAGCGGCACCCCGCGCUGCAGGCAGGAGGUGGUCAAUUGGGCGCCACCGCCAAAAUUUUCUCCCUCGGCGGGAGAGGAGGAGGAGGGAAAGUCCAGCUGCAGUGGCGCCAUGGCUUCUUCGUUGUUCCAGGAAGAAGGAGCAGCGACCAAUGUUGGUCGGUCGGAGCCCUCUCCGCCACCAUUCUUCGUCUGUACCUUCUCCGCUGCGUCUUCGACCACAUAUCUCGCGAAGCAAACAUAGCAGAGCCCUCCCCAUUGCGCGCGCGCGCGCGCGCGAGAGAGAGAGAGAGAGAGAGAGAGAGAGAGAGAGAGAGAGAGAGAGAGAGAGAGAGAGAAGGGGGUGCAUGGUAAUCAUCGGUAACUUGGUGAUCGUCGGCUGAGAGAGAGAGAGAGAGAGAGAGAGAGAGAGAGAGAGAGAGAGAGAGAGAGAGAGAGAGAGAGAAUCCUCUUGGGGUGGUGAUCAUCGGCUGAGAAUCUCUUCAGGCCCUCAUUGCGCGCGCGUCGUCGGUGAACAUAGAUACAACACACUUCCGUCCAUUGGCUUCGCCUCCUUUGUUUGACCAGACAUCGCCCAGGAGAGAGCAGGCGCCCUCUCCCUCUCCACGGAGUCUUUCGCCCUGCGCCACUCCGCUUACAUCCAGGGCAGCUGCCGCGCAGCAUCUCGUCUCUCUAUCCGCCCGUGAAUCAGCGUGUGAAGCCCACUCAUCGUGCGUGUUUGCAUGCGCCUUGACCGAUCUCUCUCUCUCUCUCUCUCUCUCUCUCUCUCUCUCUCUCUCUCUCUCUCUCUCUCUCCAUGUAUUUCUCGUGUUGCGUGUUUUUUUUCCGGGUAACCCGGGCCCAGGUUGACUAAACUUGUCACUCUCCCUUUUCCUGCUCCUCUGCCUCCUCCUGCGCCUCUCUCUCUCUCUCUCUCUCUCUCUCUCUCUCUCCCUAUUUGUCUCGUUCCCGCCGUGCAUUUCUCGUGUUUGCGUGCAUUCCUGGCCUGGAUGGACUGAACUUGUCCCUGUCCCUCUUCCUCCUCUUCCUCCCCCUCUUUUAUCUCUCUUCCCCGCCGUGCAUUUCUCGUCUGUCGGUCUAUUCCGGGUAACCCAGAGCUUCGUGCAUCCAUUCGCCUGCUGUGGGUGGUGUGAGCCUCGGAGGCGUUUCUCCCUCUCUCGCAAUCUCUCUCUCUCUCGCUUCUGCGGCGACGCCACUGCGUUUGCGAGAAUGACCGUGCGGAAAUGGUUGAGGAGAGUGGCGGCACGAUGGAGAGGGAUCGCCAGGGGAGGAGGAGAAGGAGGAGGAGGAGAAGGAGGAGGGUUAUGGCAGGAGGCAGCCGAUGGACGAAGAUGCAAAGGUUAUCACUCAUCGGCAGCCGCCGGAGGACUAGAAGGGCGAUCCUGGGGGGCGUUGUAUUCGACGACGAGGGAGAUGGGAGAGCGGCUAAGAAGGAGGAGGACUAGUACUACUACCAGUAGCAGUCGGGAAUUGCAGGAGGCGGGAUGUGUUUCGAGGGGAAGAGUCUGUGAAGGCCUGCGGUGCAGCCGACGGGCAUCGUUGUGCCGCGGCCUCGCGCGAUCGCGCCCAACUGCCGCCUCCUUUCUCGUGCUGGUUGCUGCUUUUCUGCUGUCGGCUAGAUCUGUGUCAAGGAGAAAAGUCUCUCAAGGCCCGCCCCGAAGCCGACGGAGGGCAUCCUUGUCCCGUCGCCGCACGCCAUUGCUCCCAACUAUAACCACCUUCCUCGUGUUGAUCUCGACAGCUCUUCUGCUGUCGAACGUGCUCUCAAUCUGCUCCGCAUUGACACCGAGCCAAGGCCCUUGCAGUGGGAACACCACUAUAACCAUCCCUCUGGAUACUUCGUGCGAGAGAGCAACCAUCAGGGAUCACCAGCAGACUAACUCCUCCUCAACGCCUGCCGCGGCUCCCUCUUCCGGUCUUCCGAACAGUUCUUCUUCUUCUUCUUCUUCUUCUUCCUCCUCGGCUAUCGUAUGCUUGUUCUUCCCCCUCACUUACCGUGUUGCAAAUCCCCGUUGGACCCCGGCGUCGGUCCCGCCUCCUGCGAAGGAGGUAUUCACGGCAAUGCACCUCCCCGAUCGAGUGACAUGUAGAGUGCCGCACCCGGCCUCCUGCAGUGGGGUGCAGAACUACGUGGUCACGGUGUGCGUGGGGGUGAGAGAGGAGGGCGGGUUGCUCACCAAGAACGGAUCUUGCGGCUUUGUCUCUCAUCCCGAGUGCCUUGUGGAGGGUGGUACCUUCACCUACACUGUCCCUUCUAUAGGCUUCUACCUUAGCAGAGGAGUUCCCUUUCUCUUGCCCUUGAUUGUCUUCAUCGGCUUCGUUAUAGUGAUGUGUCUGCUUGUCCAUAGGUGUCGAUUUCGCCGCGCUGUUGCCGCCAAUUCACGUCGGCUUGAGGUGGGCGGGAACAGCGGCGGAGGGGAAGGGGAAGGGGAAGAAGUUCUAUACUCGUCUCUCAUGGGCCUGACAGUGGUCGUUGAGCGGGCGGAGGCGGCGGAGUCGCCUUCGCACUCACCGCGUGGGGAGGGUCAACAGCAGAGCGAUGGAGGAGGAGGGGAGCGAUUCCGAGUGCAGGAGGACAGAACUGGGUGUGGGCUUCGCAGGAGAUGGGGACUCAUAGAAUCCACGGACUGCCUUGCGAUCGUUCCACCCAAUCCGUACGAUAUGCCGUUUCUGGGAGUGAGGAUACCGCUGGAGAUCCUCACAUCAUACCGGAAGAAGGGAGGUAGAAUGGGAGAGGGGCGUGGAGGGCGGGAGGAGGGGAAGGGACAGGGCGAGAAGGGAGGGAGAAUGGGAGACGGACGUGGAGGUGGGGAGGAGGGGGAGGGACAGGACGAGUUGUUUUCCUCCUCGUCUGAGGAGGAUCUAAUAGAAGAGGACACAGUUUCGCUGUCCAGUGGAGAAGUCGACCCAGCGGUUGUACCGGAAGUCUACAUUUGUCCCAACUUCGAGGUCUAGGUUGGCGAUCUAGGUUCGCUAAAACAGGA